CGCCCGCUGCCCCGCUGUCGCCGACAAAGCCUACCAGGUGGUGUACCUGCUGUGCGCGGCGCCGGAAACGUCCGUCCAGACGCUGCGUUACCUGCGCUCCGUGUACGACUUCAUCUACAACCAGCUGCGGCCGCUGCCGGCGCCGUCAGCCGGCCUGCCGCAGCUGCGCCACCUCACCUGGCUCCUCCGGCUGCUGGCGCUCGAGCUCAAGCUGACUGCCGCCAGCCAGCAGCGCUCGCCGCUGGUGCGUCUGACGGGCCUCCUGCUGAGCACGGCUCCGGCCGCCGGGCUGCAGCUCGACCUCACCGGCAUGGACAUCUCGCUCACGCUCAGCCAGACCCUGACCGGCGCCACCGCCGGCAAACCGUCGUCCACGCAGCAGCGUAAGAUCCUGGCGCUGCUGGACCAGGUCAGCUUCAGCCACGAGCCGGUGGUGCCGCCCAACUGGCAGUACUUCGUGCCGGCCAAGGUGGAGGAGGUGAUCCGCGCCUGCGAGGAGCCCGGCCCGGCCCGCCAGGUGGACAUCAAGCAGCUGAAUGGCGUACUGAACGCCGAGCUUGCCGUGCUGCACGGCACCGCCGCGCUCAGCCAGCACCACUACGUCGUCCAGGAGAUCAAGUCGGUGCUGGAGUACUGCGUGGAGCGCAACUGCCACGCCCGCUGGCUGCGCACCUCGUCCGACUGCGUGGAGGCGUGGCGCCAGGUACUGGAGGUGCUGCUGACGGCGGUGCCAGCUUCGCUGCUCACCGACCAUCCGGACCAGGUCAUCAUGGACAUGUCGCGACACAUCCUCAACAAGACGCUGGACCCGGCGUCGCUAUCCCAGCUGACCAGCCCGCUGGCCGACCCGGGCCGACGCGCCAAGCAGCGGACCCGGGUGAACCUGUACGGCGCGCUGCUGCACCUGCUGUCGGCGGCGGCCGGCGGCCCGGACCUGACCGACGCCUGCCGCGAGUACGGCCGCCCGCUGGUGGAGACGGUCUGCCGGGACGCCUGCGGCGGACACGACGUCUGCAGGAUGCUGGCCAUGGCGUGUCUGGACGCGCUGCUGCGGAUGGACCGGCUCUGGCUGUCGCACCUCUCGGGCCACGGCUACCUGGCGGCGCUGGCCGAGUCGCUGCAGGCGGACGACGCGCCGCUGCGGGCCCUGCUCGUGCCGCAGCCGGCAGACCUGCGGCCGCUCUACCUGUACGAGUCGAAAAUGAGUCUGCUGUGCCGGGUGGCGCUGGUGCCGGACGGCGCGCGCCUGCUGCUGCAGACGCGGCUGAUGGCGCGCCUCUCCGACCUGGGCGCCGUCGACUGUUGGCCGGCGCGCGCCGCGCCCGACGGCGUGCGCGAGCGGUACCGGCUGGUGGCGCAGCCGGCACUCCGCCUCUGCGUCUCCCUGCUGGCCUCGCUGGGCCGCGAGGACCAGUCGGCCGCCGCUCAGGUGAACCAUUUCCUGCUGUCGCACAUGGACAUGGUGACGUCACUGUUGCGGCACCAGCCGGACAAGCUGGAUGCGGACAACCUGGAGGACCUGGUGCUGCUGACGGCUGUCCUGUCCCAGACCAGUCACGAAGACCAGUACGGCGACGUGUCAGGCUCGCAGCUGCCGGAGCGGCGCGGCCAGCUGUCGCGGCUGCAGCUGCUGACGCUGACGCAGCUGCCGCGCUUCGUCCAGCUGCUGGCCGAGCUGGCUGGCGAUGAUCAGCUGCCUCUGGGCGAGCGCCGCCAGCGCGCGCACCAGUACCUGGGCUCGCUGCGCACGCUCGUCGGGCAGCAGGUGGAGCUGAGCCGACACGUGCUGGAGCUGGCGCUGGACCUGCUCUGGACACACCUGGACGUGUACCUGCUGAAGCGGGAGCUGCCGCAGGCGGUGACGGACACCCUGCUCGGCCAGGUGGAGGCGGCGCUCCAGCACCCACUGGUGGGCCGCAGCCACUACAGCUUCUCCGAGGCCAUGGUGCGGCGGCUCCGACGUGUGACGCGCCUCCACACCGGCGCCUGA